CGCGGCCGGCAGGGGGCGCGCUAUCUCCGCGGCUCCGCAGCGCUCUUGCCGGCCUUUCGCUCCCGGAAGGAGCCGGAGCCGCGGCGGGGACCAUGCAGCCGCUCUGCUAGAAGAUCGCAGGCGAGGAAGGAGAAGGAGAGGCGGAAGGCGGCGGGCGGUGCAGGAGCGGCGUGCCCCGCGGGGAUGUUGGCCGGCGGGCCAUGCUGCUGAAGCUCCUGCAGAGACAGACCUAUACCUGCCUGUCGCACCGCUAUGGGCCCUGCCUCUGCCUCGGGGGCCUCGUCCUCGUGGUCGUCUCCGCCCUGCAGUUCGGAGAGGUUGUUCUAGAGUGGAGUCAGGACCAGUACCAUGUCUUGUUUGACUCUUAUAGAGACAACGUUGCUGGGAAAUCCUUCCAGAACAGGCUUUGCUUGCCUAUGCCCAUUGAUGUGGUGUACACCUGGGUGAAUGGCACAGAUGUUGAGUUGAUCAGGGAGCUGCAACAAGUGAGGAAACAGAUGGAGGAAGAACAGAGAAUAAUGAGGGAGAUUCUUGGAAAGAAUGUAACAGAACCAACUAAGAAAAGUGAGAAGCAGCUGGAGUGUUUACUGACACACUGCAUCAAAGUGCCAAUGCUUGUCUUGGAUCCUGCCUUGUUGAGCAACAUCACUCUCAAAGACCUGCCAUCUGUCUAUCCCCUGUUGAGAUCUGCCAACAAGUUCUUCUCUGUUCCAAAGCCAAAAAACCCUUCUACCAACGUUACUGUAGUUGUUUUCGACAGUUCUAAAGAAGCCGAAGAUGCCCAUUCCGAGAUCCUAAAGGAGAACAAGAGGCAAGCAGUAUGGAGGGGCUAUUUGACAACAGACAAAGAAGUUCCUGGUUUAGUGAUAAUGCCAGACUUGGUUUUCCUCAAAGGAUUUCCACUUACAUUCAAAGAAACAAACCAACUGAGAACAAAACUACCAGAAAACCUUGCCUCCAAAAUAAAACAGUUACAGCUUUAUUCGGAAGCUGGCGUAGCUCUCCUGCAACUGAAUAAUCCGAAGCGUUUCCAAGAACUGAACCAGCAAGCUAAGAAGAACAUGACUAUAGAAGGGAAAGAACUUACACUUAAUCCUGCUUAUUUAUUAUGGGAUCUCAGUUCCAUCAGUCAGUCUAAACAGGAUGAAGACAUUUCAGCCAGCCGUUUUGAAGAUAACGAGGAGCUGCGAUACUCAUUACGAUCAAUAGAGAGGCAUGCACCCUGGGUGCGCCAUAUCUUCAUAGUUACUAAUGGACAGAUACCUUCCUGGCUUAAUUUGGAUAACCCUCGGUUAACGAUAGUAACACAUCAGGAUAUAUUUCAAAACUUGAGUCACCUGCCUACCUUUAGUUCCCCUGCUAUUGAAAGCCACAUUCACCGUAUUGCUGGUCUGUCUCAGAAGUUUAUUUAUUUAAAUGACGAUGUGAUGUUUGGGAAAGAUGUUUGGCCUGAUGAUUUCUAUAGUCACUCCAAAGGUCAAAAGGUUUAUUUGACUUGGCCUGUGCCAAACUGUGCUGAAGGAUGUCCUGGUUCAUGGAUUAAAGAUGGCUACUGUGAUAAAGCCUGUAACAAUUCUGCUUGUGAUUGGGAUGGAGGCGAUUGCACUGGUAAUAGUAUGGGGAGCCGUUAUGGUGCUGGUGGUGGAGCUGGAGGAGGUGUUGGGAAUGCCCCACCUUGGCAGUUUGGUGGAGGAAUAAGUGGAGUUUCAUACUGUAACCAAGGCUGUGCUAAUUCAUGGCUAGCUGAUAAAUUCUGUGAUCAAGCAUGCAAUGUCCUUCCAUGUGGAUUUGAUGCUGGUGACUGUGGACAAGAUCACUUUGAUGAGCUUUACAAAGUGACUCUUCAAAAGAAUCAGACACAUUAUGUGAUUCCCAAAGGUGAAUAUCUACCUUAUUUCAGCUUUGCUGAAAUAGCGAAGAAAGGACUGGAAGGUGCAUAUGGUGACAAUCCAAUUAUACGGCAUGCUUCCAUUGCAAACAAAUGGAAGACAAUCCACUUAAUAAUGCAUAGUGGCAUGAAUGCAACUGUACUCUAUUUCAACCUUACAUUUCAAAAUAAAGAUGAGGAAGAGUUUAAGAUGCAGUUAACCCUAGAAGUGGAGACAAAAGAGGAACCAAAAACAAAUACAACUUCAACCCAGAAACCCGAAGGUGACGUGAAAGCUACAACUUCAGUGCCAGAAGCUGAAAUUAUAUUUGAGGAUGUUCCUGAAGAAGAACGCUUUCCAAAAAUUAAAAAACACCAAAAUGGCACAUUAGAGAGCAUGGAUGAAGACAUGAUAAUUCAACCAGUAAAUAUAUCUGAACUUCCAGAAGAUGUGAAGUUAUCUCUACAGGAUCUGGAGUUACAGCUCAUCAUUGGUGACAUUACCCCAAAAGGGUAUAAUCGUUCCAAGGCUGCUAUCUUGAGGCCUUUCCAGAUGAUGCCAACAAAGGAAGCAAAAAACAAUUCCCAGAAGGUGAAGGAAAAUGAAAGAUAUGAUAAUUUGAUAAAUGGGAAUAAGUCUGCAACUGGGCAUUUUGACAGUGAUGGCAAACUAGAAAUUGGAGGAAAAAUGGACAGAAAGUUUCCUCCAGAAUUUGCUCCUGUAGGUAAUACUGUUGUAGCAAUGAAGGUAAACAGUCAUUUCCCACUAAGAGACAGUUCUACAGUAAGGUCUGCUCCCGUAAUUAAAGACAUUGGUGAAAAGCCUGAAUAUCCAGAGAAAACCUUGAACACCAUCAUACAGAAAGAGGCUCAGAAGUCCAAAGAAAUGAGGAAAGGGAGAGCUACAGAAAAAAAGAAAGAAGAUGUUAAUAUCGAUCCAUCACUUACCAAGGAAGAUGUAGGAGAAAGUCAAAUCUUACCAAGAAGAAAAUUGCAAUAUUACACUGGAAAUUAUCAAGGUUUUUUGCCAUGGGAGAAACACAAAUAUUUCCAAGACCUUCUUGAGGAAGAAGAGGCAUUAAAGAAGGAGAUGGCUUAUUUUACAGAUAGUAAACAGAUUGGGAGGCAGCUGAAGGAUACAUUUGCUGACUCUCUUAGAUAUGUAAACAAACUUUUGAACAGCAAGUUUGGAUUCACAUCCCGGAAAGUUCCUGCUCAUAUGCCUCACAUGAUUGAUCGAAAAGUCAUGCAAGAAUUACAAGAUUUAUUUCCUGAGGAAUUUGACAAGACUUCAUUUCACAAAGUACGCCACUCUGAAGAUAUGCAGUUUGCGUUUUCAUAUUUCUACUAUCUCAUGAGUGCCGUUCAGCCACUUAAUAUCUCCCAGGUUUUUGAUGAGGUUGAUACAGAUCAAUCUGGAAUUUUAUCUGAUCGAGAGAUACGUACGCUGGCCACAAGAAUUCAUGAACUCCCUUUAAGUUUACAGGAUCUGACAGGCCUAGAGCAAAUGUUAAUAAAUUGUUCUAAAUCCCUUCCUGUCAAUAUUACUCAGAUUAAUAUUAUACCACCAACUCAGGAAGCAUAUUAUGAUCCGAAUUUGCCUCCAGUGACUAAAAAUCUGCUAACCAACUGUAAGCUUGUAACUGAAAGAAUUCGUAAAACGUAUAAGGACAAAAACAAAUACAGGUUUGAAAUUAUGGGAGAGGAGGAGGUUGCUUUUAAAAUGAUUCGUACCAAUGUUUCUCAUGUGGUUGGACAGCUUGACGACAUACGGAAAAAUCCUAGAAAAUUUGUUUGUCUUAAUGACAACAUUGAUCACAAUCACAAGGAUGCUCAGACAGUAAAAGCGGUGCUUCGGGAUUUUUAUGAAUCCAUGUUUCCCAUCCCAUCUCAGUUUGAGCUGCCAAGGGAAUAUCGGAAUCGUUUUCUUCACACACAGGAACUUCAGGAAUGGAGGGCCUACAGAGACAAGCUGAAGUUUUGGACACACUGUGUAUUAGUGACAUUGAUUGUGUUCACCAUCACCUCAUUUUUUGCCGAGCAGCUAAUAGCCAUCAAACGAAAGAUUUUUCCAAGGAGGAGGAUCCAAAAAGAAGUCUGCCAUGAACGAAUGAAGGUGUAGAAUAAUUUUGUUUGUGAAUCAGUCUACCUCAACAUGUAAUGAGCAUGUGAAACCUUUUGUUUCAGAAGUGUCUUGAUAAUUGUGUCCUGGGCAUGAACAGAAGUGUUCCCAUCCAUUAUAGCCCAUGUAAUUCUAUGUUAUGACCAUGCUACUGAACUUCAAAAGGGGGUAAAGGAUGUAACCUAUAAGUGUUAUCUCCUGAGUGAAUUAUCCUUUUUAUAAAAAGGGUUAUUGAAUGAAACAUAGCUGCAUUUAUUGCAGUAGCCAUUGCCAGCUAAAUAUAAGUUGAGGAUAUUGUGAUUCUAUUAGCUGUGUCCCUUCAUCCCAAGACAUUUGAUGAGCUACUGAUCGUUUAGUUUCACCUUUUUGUCCUAUUCUUUGAACAGUAAACAUAUCUGUUUUGGCUGUAAUCCUGCAUCCUGGGUAGGUGGAUGUGGAUUGGCUCUCACAUCACUGCAUUGUAAACUUUCCCUCCAUUAGUUGAUGCUUGUCACAGUUGUAUCAUUUGGUCCCCAUUGCAACUAGUCAAUUCAUCCAAGCAGGAGGAACUAAGUAUGAGUCAGUUUCUAGGUACUUCUAGGAACAUUGAAGUAGACCUAUUACUGAGAUGAAUUACCCGACAGCUUUGGGAAUAGUAGCAGCUUCAUAGCGCAGGCAUGAUAGCUCUAAUGUACAUCUACUGCAGUACUAUGGAGCUUGCUCUUUAAGCACAAAGUGGCAGGAUUGUAGCCUUUGGUGUUCUUUUACUAUUUAGGUAUCAGCUUUGACUUCUAUUGUCUAUAAUUUAAAUAUAGUAUGGAAUCAACUAUAGAAUACUUUCUCAAGAAUUGAAAUGGCAACACCCUAUUGCUAUGUUAUUCUGCUGGUGAUUCUAGUCUCCGAUUUCAAUGUAAUAUUGUUGAUCAAUAUGUAAAUAAGACUAGUAAAUUGUAUUCCUAAUUUAAAAGAUAGGGCUACUAUCAUGUAGAAGGGGUUUGUUGUUAUUAUUUAUAGAAGUAUUGUAUAUUGAACAACAAAAGUGCCUCGCCUGAAGAUUUGUCAAUACAUUGUAUUGUUUUAAUGGCAUAAGUGUAUUAGCAUGAUCCAGAGUUAUUUCUCAUAUCAAGUAUUGCAUUUCAAAAACUGGGAAGAGGUCUGGUGAUCUCCCCAUUUUUUUCAAGAUAUAUCACAAAAAAAUACAAGAGGGUCGGGAAAGGUUUUCAAGGAGGUGUUUAUGAAAGAAAUCAUGACAUUAAGAAGGUUUUAAGUAAAAUUGAAAAUUAUUUUAUAAUGAAGAGAUGUGAUUUCCAGUGCACAUGUGCUGUAAAAUACAUGCUUUCUUUUCCUAUGUGUUAUUGGUAUAUAAUGUAAUUGACUUAAGAAUGUUAUAAUGUGUGAGUGUCAAAAAAGAAAAUUAUCAGCUGUUUAAUGCUCUCAAAACUAUUAAAUAUUUUUAAAUAGAAAAAAGCACCUUAUUCUUUAUUCAGUGCAUAAACCUGAUUUUAAAUGAAAUAAAUCUUUAAAACAUUA